GGUGCUGCAGCACUUAUCUGCUGCUUCUUGGCAUUGGCAGUGAUCCCAAGGUCGGCAAAGGAGAAAGUGUGGAAACAUUUAACGUUAAUCUCUAUCGCGUGAGGAGAGUCAGGCGUUUUAAAUUCCUGUUUUUGUGAUCAUAUUUUUCGAAAAUGUCUCGAUUUUCAUGUGUGGAAGCUGCACCGCCAGUAGAAAUUUUCGCUUUAAAUAAAGCCUAUAAAGAAGAUAGUUUUCCAGACAAAGUUGAUUUAGGAAUCGGAGCUUAUAGAACAGAUGAAGGCAGACCAUGGGUCCUACCUGUUGUACGCAAGACCGAAAAAACUUUAGCUGAUGAUGAUGCAUUAAAUCAUGAAUAUCUUGGUCAACUAGGACUGGAAGAAUUCAGUAAAGCGGCAUCUAGGAUGCUGCUGGGAGAUGACAGCCCUGCUAUUAAGGAAAAUAGGGUAUUAGGGGUACAGACUUUGAGUGGUACUGGUGCCUUAAGAGUUGGAGCUGAUUUCUUAGCUAGAUGUGCCCAGUUUAAGCAUUUCUAUAUGUCAUCUCCUACUUGGCCCAAUCAUCGUUUGGUUUUUAAUCACGCUGGUUUCCAAAAUUUUCACGCUUAUCGCUAUUGGAAUGCUUCUAAGAGGAGCCUUGAUUUUGAUGGAAUGUUAGAAGAUUUAGAGGCAAGUACUGAAAUUUUAUGCUGGAGUAUAUUAUUAAACAUAAGACUAUUUUUCAUUAUUUCAUAGUGUUUUCUAAUUUGC